UGCUGUCAAAUCACGAUCCCUGUGAAUCACUUCUCGCGAGACUUUGGAUGCGUGGCGAGACACGAGCGAAAAAACAGUGGAAGCAGAUUUCGCCAGCCACGUGCAGACUUGUGCAAUAGUCAAGAAAGCCGAAAUUUCGCAUCAAAUUUCUUUCCCUUCGUCUCUCUACAUGCGCUGUUCCAGUGCUGGUGGUGUGGACAUCGCUUUGUCCGUUUUGACGCUACAGUUUUCGGACGUAAGUCGGGUAAAAUGGGGGAAAUAUGGAAAGUCCUUGGGCAGUGAGUGCCGUUCGGCCCAUUCAAAACUGAAGCGUUUGGAGAAUCAACACUCUGUACUAGAAGCAAAUCAUCAUGACGUGCAGUCGGAUAGUUAUGACAGCUGGUAUCUCAGUUGCAGUGGCUGUGUUCACCAUUCUGUGGUUCUCGAGCAAAAAGAAAAAGAAGCCUAGCACUAAAUCAACCAGUGGCUCAGACAAGCACAGCAGCAGUAGCAUAGAAAAAGAGGAAUCAUCACAAGCCACUAGUAGUAUUGACGAGCAGUUUAGCCAUAAACAUGCAGCUCUAGCAGUAGAGGAGCUAUCUGCCAACACCUUUAGUGCUAAGGAUUUCAAUACAACUACAGCUCCAUCAGAGAGUUCCUUAUCUCUGAAGAAAGAAGCUCCACUACCUCAUGUGGAGUCUUGCAAACAGCCCGAGCUGUUGAACUCUGCUGAAGGAGAGAAGUUUGAGCAAGAGGAGCAUGAAGAUGCUCCUCUGCAGAAUGAGCAGAAUGAGAUGGCAGCAAUUAAGAGCCCUGAUGUUGGAAAGUCUGACAAGUCAUCAGUAGAGGAAGCAAGCACGAAACAAGAACAGGCCCUCUGCAAAGCAGAAAACACAACCACUGACAACACUGACGAGUCAACCUGUAAAGAUGAGCUUUGCGUAGAUUGUGAGGAAAAUGUAAAGGUUGAUUACAGCGAUAAACAAGAGCCUUCUCCUCCCAUCUCCUCAGCAGUCCCUAGCAAAACACUCAGUAAUGCUGGUGACAACUUGAACUGUGGGUCAGAGCUGAAGAUAGAGGAGUCCUCAUCUGACACUUUGCUUCAGCCUCAAGUGACAUCCAUUGAAGCUGAAAAGGUCAGUAAGUCAGUAGAACCAACUCAGGAGUCCAGCAGUUGCCAACUGGAAUCCCCUAACACUCAGGAAGCCGACAGAGUGCAAACCAGCAGCCAAGCGUCAUCCAGCUCUUCCCUGUCAGAAUCUAGCACUGAUGGGCCAGCAGAAGACGAAACAUCUGUGGGGAAAGAUGUUAGCUGUGAUGCCUGCAGUGAUGAAGGAAUAGCAGACACUACCAACAGUGAUGUUACUGCAGAGAGCACGCAUUCAUCUGGUGCUGAAGUCCAGUCAGUCCCCUCCUCCGACUGGGGCACAGCGGUUGAAGAACUAGAGCGCAAAACCAAGCAGAAGACACAGUCGCCAAAGACACACAAACCCCCAAGUGAGGCUGAUACCCAGAAGUCCCCUUCUCCCACCCCAGUAGACAUCCCUUUGGUUUCCCCCGGGUCAGAGGUCAGCAGUGAGGUGUCCAAUGACAGCGGCCGCAGCACCAUGGACAACGGCGCGGCAAGCACAGCCAGUAGCAGCACACACCAGGACCAAGCUGGGGUUCUAGAGGAGGACCAGAUCAUACUGUGGAAAAUUAACUUCCCAUCGGACCUGUGUGGCCGCCUGAUCGGGAAACAGGGCAGGAACAUCAAGUGGAUGAUGGAGAGGACAGGCUGUAACAUCUACAUCAGGAAGAGUCCGGACUACAUGCAGUGGUGCUGUCUGGAAGGCACCCAGAGUGAGGUGGACCACGCCCUAGACAUAAUUGGCCGGAAGUUCCCAACAGUGGACCUGAGUGCAGUUCAAGACUCUCCCGUCUCAGACUCCUCCGACAUCUCCCAAAGGUGUGUGGACAUCAUCCCUGUCCUCCCUCCUCAACUCCAGCUGCAGCUGACCGAGGGACUCAACGACGUCAUCGUCUGUAACAUCAUGGACGCCUCCCACGUCUUCGUGCAGCAGCACAUCCACCCAACCUUCCCCGCGCUGGCAACGUUGGACCACUGUAUGGCCAUCUGCUAUGCAGACCAAACAUUGGUGCCAGGGGUGCCCAAACCUGUAGACAUUGGUGUCAUCUGUGUGGCCCCGUCGCCCAUGUUGGGAGCAUACUGCCGUGCCGAGGUCCGAGAGGUGAUGGAGGACACAGACUCUGUCGUUGUGAAGUUCUGUGACUAUGGAGGGUACUACCACGUACCACGAGAUGUCCUACGCCAAAUCAGGAGUGACUUCAUGACCCUCCCGUUCCAGGCUGUGGAAUGUUACAUGGCAAACAUCGCCCCACUAGAAGGUGAGGAGAGCUUCUCCAUUGAAGCUACAGGACUGGUGGAGGAGUUGACCCAGGGUAUGGUGACUCAGGUGAAUGUGGUUGGGUACUCUACUGAAGGCUGUCCCCUCGUACAUCUGUACUCCACACAGGGCGACACGAGCAUCAUGGUGAAUCGGGUGAUGGUGGAGCAGGGCUUAGCGCAGUGGUUAGAGGCAUGAAUGUCAAAUUAGCUGCUAGCUUUACUACCACAAGUGCAAUCACUGCAACCUAUUUUCAGAGAUGCCAUGAUGCAAAGGAAAAAUUACAAAACAGAAAUGGGCUGUAGUUUGUAGUGUUUCUGUCUUACUUUGUCCCACCAGAAUAAUGACUUAAAAACUCUCCUCAGCUUCUUGUCUGGUAUAGCAAAGCCCUGGAGGUGACAUUAGUUGAAAGCUGUACAAAUGUUGAGCAAGUUCUGUAGAGGAAAGACCUUUAAUUUGACAACUUCAAUGGCAUUUCUGACAUACAAGCUCUGCAAUAUGCUAUGCUAUGUGAGGUGCUUUGUACAUAUUAUUACUACCACUAGUACCAGUAGUUUUGUUAGUUAAAUUAUGUUUAUUACCUACUUGUGUUGGAUGGUUUAAGAAGAGCUUUUAAUUAUUGAAUACCAAAUAAAGAUAUUUGAUCUCUCUUAUGUUAACUGGAAAGCAGGACAUCUCUGUCCGGCAUUUAUAGCAGAAGUGAUUUCAUUACUUUGUACAAAACUAUUUUUUUUCAGUCAUGGUUUUCUUAAAAUUGUCUCACUUCUGGGCAAGCAACUACUUCAUCUUGUGCAAUCUGACACUAGUUGGAUUUACAUAAUGUACAUAACAAACAUUGACCAAUACUGUACAGUUUAUAUAAAGAACAAGUUCAUAUCAGGUUUUCAAACAUACAGCUGUUUUUACACAUGUCCAAAUCAGAUUACUAUAUGGAGACAAGCAUUAGAUUUCUAUGACCAAGAUUGCAGCCACUUGCUUGAAAUAGUUUAUACAUGCAUAGUUGCAUACUGUAUUACAUGUUCAGAAUUUGAUAUUUACAUCAGCUGGUUUAUAUGGGAAUCAUGGAUGUGUUGAGAGAAAUUACUAUGUUUGCUUUCUACCGCAUGAGAGAAGAAAUAAUGAAGCAAAACCGUAAAAAGAUGUGAAUGAAGCCGACUAUAGAUGUGAUUGUGUGAUGAGUACUUUGUGUACUGGUGAUUUGCUUUGUCUAUUUUUCCAAUAAAGUUACAUUUGCACCGGAA